CCGUCGAGGCUCAUCCACCCCCAUAAGUUUACUGUUAUGCGACCUGACUCGUUUUGAGGCACGAUAUGAGCUUCAUCAUACCGAGUUAAAUUAUAGCGCCAUAAAGUUAAUCUUCCGAUUUGGCUUGAUUUAAAGGUUUUCUAAUCGGUAAAUAUAGUAUUCGACCAAGCAAAAUCAUAAUGUUGUCGCGCAAAGUUAGGCCAGGCUGUUUUGUGGUGAGGUUUCAGCUCCGUUUUAAUAGCAUGGUGUCUGUAGUGUAGUCCAGCACUGUACAAAGCUCGUCGGAUCGUCCGAGCACUCACAUCAUAUAAAGCAGCAAAAUAGCUAGUUGGUGUGAAACCGUUCUCUUCAUAACGAUGAAUCAUUUCUGUUAUUUGCGCGGCGAUUAGAAUUGGUCGUCGUCGUCCUGAAUUAUUUCUAUGAUCUGUUAAGUGCCCUUCUUCACCGUGACGCCGCGCCGGAUCCAAAACCUCCCAGUGAAUCGCGAUAUAUUGAGUUCUCGUGAUAUAUCACUAAUACUUGUCCAUCUUCGAUGAGAAAUAUUAUUUCAGCCCUAUGCUCCAGGGUCAAACUUGUCAUUUUAUUUCGGUGUAAAUAUAUUUUUCGAAAAUUUUGCUCUUGUCCAAACAAUGUUCAAACAAUCUUUUUUUAUAAAUAUCAUUUCAACAAAUGAGUUUCAAUAUCAAAAAGUAAUAUAUAUUUUUUUUUGUUAUUCUCGAUGCGUCAUAUUGCAUAAUAACUUUUGAAAGGUGAUAAGUUACUUGAUAUGGCAUUUUAGACUUUAGUGAAAAAAGUGUGACAUAAAACUGGUAAACAUUUUCUGACCGCCACCGUACAUGAACUGGUUUCAAAUAAUACUCAAGGUCGUUAUAAUCAGAAACACAAGCGAGUCUCUUUGAAGCAAGUUGCAGACGCUGUGGAUAAGUUUAAAAGUGGCGGAGACAGGGUUACCAGAUAAUAAAACCAUAAGUCCGGUGAAAAAUUCUGAUUUCCUUUAAAAAAACCUGAGAUUUUAAGGCAAUUUGAAAAUUUUCUCUUUAUCAUAAUUUACUUGCAAUAGAUGGCAGGCAUCAGACAUGAUGUGUGGUCCACUUAAAGUUAGUAUUUUUUUUUCGAUUUGGUACACCGCAAUCUCGAAUAUCACAUUUACGCUUAGCAAUUUGCUUGGUACGUGUGGCAGUGGUGGGUUGUUCCGCAUUCAUCCUACGUCUCAUCCCAUUUCCUUACUCAUCCCAAACUAGUUACAUUAUUUUAAUGUUUUUUCUUAAUUGAAACCAAAUGAAUAUUUACUUAUCCCAAGGCAAAUAUUACCAAAAAAUGUAGAUCAUCCAAACGACCAUUCCAAGCAAAGCUCCCCACUGUAUGAAAAUAUUAUAAAAAUCUAUAUUUUAUUGAAGAUUCCAAAAUCAGGAGAUUUCUAAAAUCCGGCCACAAUCUUGAUAAAAAUCCAAAAAGCCUUAGAUCUCCUGAUAUGGUAACCCUAGGCGGAGAGGAUUUUAGAAUUAUUGUUGAUGAGUAAGGUAAAUUAGUGACCAAUCAGUUUCCUGUUUACAACCGCUGUGUGUGAUCGUAACAAAUGCAAUUAAAUAUAGAAACAAGAUAAGAAAUUACAAUUAACAUAUAAAAGUUUAUCUGCAGUUCCAGUAGCAGUUUAGGUUUUUUAAAGCAAAUGAUAAAUUGCUGUUUUGUGCGGCAAAUUCAAAACUCGGAACCUGUACAAACAUAUGGGCAACUGGGAACUACAGCUACGUAAAGCAAAUUGACACAAAAUGGGACACCUGUCCAUUGGAAAUGUUCUCCUCAUAAUCAACGUGUGGAUCGCCGCCACCCAAAAUAAAAUUUUAGUCCACAGUGAAUUCCGUCCGGACUACACAUACUACCCAGAAGCUGGAGGCUGGUUCAAAGUUCACAAGGUGCCCACCAACUGGAAUGAAGCAAAGCUCAAAUGCUAUUUCGAAGGUGCAAAUCUGGCAUCCCCUGUUAACGACCAAGUGUAUGCCGUGAUGAGGAGUCUGAUGUUGGUGCAGACAGGGCCGGUGUUCACUGGCGUGCAUGUGCUGGACCCGGCUGAAGAAUUCAAAUCAAUAGAAGGAGUACCGCUGCAGCAGUUGCGUAUCCAGUGGGCGAAAGGGGAGCCCAACAACUUGAACAAUGAGGAGCACAGCCUGGCCAUUCUCCCGGACGGCACUUUCGCUGACGUAAGAAGUGACAAAGUGCUCCCCUACAUAUGCUACCGGAAGGAAACUGGCAAUGAGAUCCGAUCCAAGGACUGUGGAACAUUUGCAGAAGGACAUGAGUUGGAUCCCGCAUCUACGAGCUGCUACAAGUACCACUAUGACUGCGUGAGGUGGCACCGCGCCAGCAUGAUCUGCGCAGCGGAGGGCGCGCACCUCGUCAUACUGAACAGCGCACGGGAGGCGCAACUUAUGAUUGACAAGUUCUCCAAGAAACCCAUCAACUGUAACGGGAACACGGUCCGCCACGCGGCGGCGUUAUUUCACAUUGGAUUCCACAACGUGGGCUUCGAACGCUCAUUCUGGUUCACGGUUGAUGGCAAACGCAUCGAGGACUCUGGCUACUCUGAGUGGUCUGAAAAUGAGCCAAACAGUCUGACAGAGUCCUGCGGCGGCGUUAACAGAAACCACUUGGGCCUCUACGACAUAGAUUGUAGCGAGCGGGUGCCUUUCAUAUGCGAAAUCACCGACCCCAAGACCGUUUUCAAAACAAAUGACUAUUGAAUAAAGAAAUAUUUAUUUAUACUUAAA